AGUUGACAAGACACAAGUUGUUCUGUAAUGACUCGACAUACUUAUGUAAAGAAAAAAAGUUUCGAUUUCUUUGUCUCAUCUCAGGCAAAUCUUUCCCCACCAAACGACUCCCGAUUUCUAGGGCCGGAGUCAGUUUAAGGGAAAAUUCAAGAAGCUCUGUUGUUGUUUCCCUGAUUAGAAAAAAAAAUGGCAGAAAGGGUAGAAGCAUCUGUAGAAGAAGGAGAGAACACCAUUGAAGAAAGACGCAUAGGAGCUAUGUGGGAGCUAGAGCAGAAACUUGAUCAACCCAUGGAUGAAGAAGCUAAUAACCUCAAGAAUAUGUACAGAGAAAAGGGCUUGUCGAUGUUGAUGCUACUGAGACUAUCAUUCCAAAGUCUAGGGAUAGUUUAUGGCGAUCUAGGGACUUCUCCAUUGUAUGUGUUCUACAAUACAUUCCCUGAUGGCAUUAAGGAUACUGAAGAUGUCAUUGGAGCUCUUUCUUUGAUCAUUUACUCUCUUCUGCUUAUACCUCUCAUCAAGUAUGUCUUCAUUGUCUGCAAAGCUAAUGACAAUGGUCAAGGUGGGACUUUAGCUAUAUACUCCUUGCUAUGUAGACAUGCUAAAGUGAAGCUUAUCCCGAAUCAGCAACGCAGCGAUGAGGAUCUGACUACUUAUAGUCGAACUUUAGUCGCUGAAGGGUCUUUUGCUGCUAGAACAAAGAAGUGGUUAGAGAGUAAAGAAUCUAGGAAGAGAGCUCUUCUCUUCGUUGUUCUUCUCGGGACUUGUAUGAUGAUCGGUGAUGGUAUCUUAACUCCAGCCAUCUCCGUUCUUUCAGCGACUGGUGGGAUCAAACUCAGCAGCCCAAAGAUAAGCAGCGACGUUGUUGUGGUUAUGUCUAUUGUCAUUUUAGUUGGACUGUUUAGUAUGCAACACUACGGCACAGACAAAGUCGGGUGGCUCUUCGCCCCUAUAGUGUUUAUUUGGUUCCUCUUCAUUGGCGCCACUGGCAUAUACAACAUCUGCAAGCACGACACUCGCGUCUUAAAAGCCUUUUCGCCAACAUAUGUAUACUUGUACUUCAAAAGAAGAGGACGAGAUGGUUGGAUCUCUCUCGGUGGCAUUCUUCUCAGCAUAACAGGCACUGAGGCUCUAUACGCAGACAUUGCUUACUUCCCGUUACUAGCGAUACAGCUCGCUUUCACCUUCUUCGUGUUUCCUUGUCUUCUUCUAGCAUACUGCGGACAAGCUACGUAUCUUGUGAACAACAAGGAGCAUUACAACGACGCGUUCUAUGCAUCUAUCCCGAGGAGUGUAUAUUGGCCAAUGUUUGUAGUCGCCACAGGAGCUGCAAUCGUUGGGAGCCAAGCUGCGAUAUCAGGGACUUGCUCGAUUAUUAAGCAGGCUGUGUCUCAUGGAUGUUUUCCUCGUGUUAAAAUCGUACAUACUUCCAAGAGGUUCCCUCGUCAGAUCUAUUGCCCUGAUAUUAACUGGGUGCUCAUGCUUGGCUGUAUAGCCGUCACUGCUGGUUUCAAGAAUCAGAGCCAAAUCGGAAAUGCAUACGGGACUGCGGUUGUGCUUGUGAUGCUUGUGACCACAUUGCUAAUGGUACUAACCAUGCUGCUCGUGUGGAGGUGCCACUGGAUCCUUGUCCUUAUAUUCGCCUUCCUCUCCCUCGUGGUGGAACUGUCAUACUUCUCGGCUGUGCUCCUAAAGAUCAAUCAAGGAGGAUGGGUUCCGCUCAUCAUAGCAGCCAUCUCUCUUCUAGUAAUGUCGGUCUGGCAGUACGCAACAGUCAAGAAGUAUGAGUUUGAAGUGCACAGCAGAGUUUCCAUGAGUUGGAUACUCGGUCUUGGUCCUAGCCUCGGCCUUGUUCGUGUCCCAGGGAUAGGGUUAGUCUACACGGAGUUAGCGAGUGGUGUCCCUCACAUCUUCUCUCAUCUCAUCACUAACCUCCCCGCGAUUCACUCUGUUGUAGUCUUUGUCUGCGUAAAGUACCUUCCGGUCUUCACCGUCCCUGAAGAAGAGAGGUUUCUUGUGAAGAGAAUUGGACCGAAGAAGUUCAGAAUGUUCCGCUGCGUAGCCAGGUAUGGUUACAAAGAUCUACACAGGAAAGACGAUGAUUUCGAAAACAAACUGUUAACUAACCUCUCCUCGUUCAUCCGAAUCGAAAAUAUGAUGGAGCCAGCUUUAACCUCAAGUACCUACAGCAGCGCGUUCUCAGUCAACUAUACACAAGAGUCUAGAGAUGAGUUGCUCCGUAGCAAUAGCAACCACAACAGCAACAAUAACAACAACAUGGAUAUGUUCUCAUCGAUGGUGGACUACACGGUAUCAACUCUAGACACGAUAGUUCCAGCCGAUUCACCGCAUAAUGCAGCGAGUCUCAGUCAGAACAACACAGUGGAGGAAGAGGAGGAUGAGUUGGAGUUUCUGAAGACAUGUAAAGAGUCGGGGGUUGUUCAUAUCAUGGGGAACACUGUGGUGAAAGCAACAAAAGGAUCAUGGCUUCCUAAAAAGAUUGCGAUUGAUUAUGUUUAUGCGUUUCUUGAUAAGAUUUGUCGGGAGAAUAGUGUUAUCUUACAUGUUCCUCAUGAGACCCUUUUGAACGUUGGACAAGUCUUUUAUAUUUAGCUUUUUUCUUCUUUCUAUUUUUUUUUUUGUAAAACAAUUGCAUAUAAAGGGAAAUAAAGGAUACCAAUUACAAGACUA